CAACCGAUUGGGGAAAAACAAGUGGGGUCACAUACUCCAGAAUUAUUGCCAAGGGAAAACCAUGUCCUCCAUCUCUACAGAACAAAUACCAACUCACAUAUCAUAAUAAUGCUGCACAUCAAUCGAGAGUUUCUAACUUUAUCUGAUCAGAAAUGUCCGGAGAUCAAAACGAGCCUGCAAGCACAACGUACAAUCAAAUCUCUAUUCUUUUGAUGAUACCCAAUAUGGGCUCCUCCCAAACUUCUUCAUCAUUUCGUCUUGGAUCUAAAGUAAAGCACCAUUAUUGAUGACUGCCCUUUCCCUCAUCCCUUCACCUCUGUAAAGUUUCUGAGGUGCCCAGCAAUCUCAGCCCACUCUUGGCAAAAACCCAGGUAUCCUCUCUCUCUCUCUCUCUCUCUCUCUCUUGGAAUCAGUUGGGUUUACCUGCAUUGACUUCAAAUUUCCAAAAAAAAAAAAAAAUGACUCCAGAUUUCAAAAGCAUUGCUACAAUGCUCAAGCAAAUUCUGGGAAAACUCCCAAAGAAGUCAUCAAAAUCCGAUGCACCAGAUUCGGAUGGGGGCAAUUCUGGGAACAAUACAAUCCACUUGGGCACAUUUACCAAUAGUUGCAAUGUUGUUUCAACGCGAUUGAAUGUUGUUAAACGAAUGUCUUCAGUAAUUUUCCCAUCGAACAACACUGCUGGAGCGGAAAUGGUGGAGCCCCACGUUUCAUUCAACGACGCUCCCAACACGGAGAAGCAGAACCUUUUUGUUAGCAAGUUAAACCUGUGUUGUUCAGUUCAUGACUUCAGCAACUUUGAUAAAAACUGUGAGGAAAAAGAUCUUAAGCGUCAAGCGCUGGUAGAACUGGUUGAUUUUGUUUCCUCUGGAUCUGCAAAAUUUACUGAACCGGCAAUAGCUUCAACAUGUAAAAUGUGUGCAACAAAUCUGUUUAGGGAUUUUCCAUCAAAAUGCCGGUCUUAUUCAAGUCGUGGUGAAACCGAAGAUGAUGAACCAAUGUUUGAUCCGGCUUGGUCGCAUUUACAACUUGUUUACGACCUACUAUUUCGAUUCAUAAGCUAUAGUUCCCUUGAUGUAAAAGUAGCAAAAAGAUAUUUAGACGAUGCUUUUAUUCUAAAAUUACUUAACCUGUUUGACUCAGAGGACCCAAGAGAAAGAGAUUGUUUGAAAACAAUUCUUCAUCGGGUUUAUGGGAAGUUCAUGGUUCACAGACCUUUCAUUCGAAAGGCUGUGAGCAAUAUUAUUUACCGUUUCGUUUUUGAAACGGAGCGUCACAAUGGCAUUGCAGAGUUGUUGGAGAUUUUUGGGAGUGUAAUUACAGGGUUUGCUGUACCAUUGAAGGAGGAGCACAAGAUGUUCCUAUGGAGGGCUCUGAUUCCUCUGCACAAACCGAAAUCUGUGGGUGCUUAUCAUCAGCAAUUGACAUACUGUGUCAUGCAGUUUGUGGAUAAGGAGCCAAGGUUGGCUAGUACAGUGGUCAAUGGAUUGUUGAAAUACUGGCCAGUGACAAGUAGCCAGAAAGAGUUGAUGUUCUUAAGUGAGUUGGAAGAGCUUUUGGAGAAAAUCAACAUGGCGGAGUUUGAAAAGAUCAUGGUCCCAUUGUUCCGCCGUGUGGCAUGCUGCCUCAAUAGCUCCCAUUUCCAGGUGGCUGAAAGAGCGCACUUCUUGUGGAACAACGACGAAAUCCUCAAUUUCAUCAUGCACAACCGGCAAGUGAUUUUGCCACUUGUCUUCCCAGCUCUACAUCGCAACACCCAAAACCACUGGAACCAAGCGGUGCUCAACCUCACACAAAAUGUGAGGAAAAUGUUUUGCGAGAUAGAUGAAGAGCUCGUGCUGGCCUGUCAAAGCAAGUUUGAGGAGGAAAAUUCUAAGUCGAUCAUUGUGGCCGAGAGGCGGCGAUUGACAUGGGAGCGUUUGGAAACUGCCGCUGCUUUUCAACCUGUUGCUUGUGUUGUUGCAUGUUAAUGGCUUGACCGGAGGAUUUGCAUUUGGGUUUUUUUCUCAAUGUUAUUUUUAAAUGCAUUCGGGAAAUUGAGAAUAGGGUAAAAGAUUGUAGCCUGUAUUGUAAUAUAUGAAAUGGGUUUCUGUUCAACAACCAAAAAGAAAAGAAUGGUGUCUUGAAUAUGAGUAUAUUUGAGAAAGCCUAUCAGGGUUGUGUUUGAUGUGUGGGGUUAGAUAGAAGCUGGUUUGAGCAGUGCUGCUGCUGCUGAUUUGGAAGUUCUUUGUAUUGGGCUUUCAUUGGGUAAAAAUAGCCCUUUUUGGGGGCAAUUUGUUGUA